GAUCAGUUUACGAACGUCCCUGCAGUUGUGUAGACGCGUCGCUCGUAAAAGCUCGUAGUAGUUUUCGACAGUCUUCGCGGUCUUGAUCGCCAUCUUUGACAUAACGGGGUGAGGUUGGUUUUGUGCGUACGAGUCCACUGUUAAAGCAAAGAAUUUAUUACGUACAAAUGAAGAUGGUAGACAAAAUAGAAAUGAGUCUGGAUGACAUUAUCAAGCAGAACAAAGGUGGAAGAACCCGGGGCAGCGGACGUCGUGGACGCGGAACAGCUUCGCCGAGACGUGGUAUCCGAGGUGCGUCGCGAGCCGGCGGUGGAGUGAUGCGCGGCCGAAGCCGAGGAGGAAUUGGCCGCUCAGCCGUUCCAUACACCCGGGGAGAUGUGAACAGUGCUUGGAAACAUGACAUGUUUGAUGGAGUGAAGAAAGUUGGACGAGGUGCAGUUGGUGGUACAGGCACAACCAAACUACUUGUUUCGAAUUUAGAUUUUGGGGUGUCCGAUUCAGAUAUUCAGGAAUUAUUCAGUGAGUUUGGCCCAUUGAAAUCAGCUGCUGUACACUAUGACAGAUCUGGUCGAUCGCUUGGCUCAGCAGAUGUUAUAUUUGAAAGAAGAGCAGAUGCCAUUAAAGCAAUGAAACAGUACAAUGGCGUGCCUCUUGAUGGUCGAGAGAUGAAUAUUCAAGUAGCAACUUCAGAACUUCCAGUAACCUCAUCUAUCCGAGGAAGUAGACUCAGUGGUGGUAGCUUCGUACAAAGAGCCCAACCGCGCUUCAGAGGAGCUCGUGGAGCUAGUUCCAACCGAGGUCGUGGAACCGGUGGUCGACGUGGUGGAACUAGAGGAGGUGGACGGACGCCAGCCAAAACUCCAACUGCAGAAGAGUUGGAUGCAGAAUUAGAAGCAUACGUUAAGGAAGUGAAGUAACAUAAGAUAGCAUAAAAUUCUACUACAUAUAUCUUCUUUCUCAUUUAACGGUUCUUUUAUUAAUUGAAGAACGUAACAAUCUCUUAUUUCCAAAUAAGUUAAUAAUCAUGAAAUUAAUACGUGAGAGUAAAGAAAAAGAUUUUUUUUUGAUUGUCUCGGAAUGAGUAUUUUUUAAUUAUGUUUGACGUUCUACUACUCAUAGAGUUUAGAUACCUAAUAACAACUCAAAUGCAAUAUGAAAAAGCUGCAGAGUAAAAUCGUACCGUGAUUUUUGGCAUCUGAGGUAAAAAAAAUGUCCAUCAGACAUGGGAAAGAAUACAAAGUUGUGACAUAAUAUAAAGGCUGUAUGAAUUUUGUAUGUAAUACCGUGCGUGUGUGAUCAUAAACUGAAAAAUACACUCAAAUUCUCCUUCAAAA